GCGAACUCGUCUCCGAUCAGCUGUGAGAGUUUCAUGGGAAUCCUUAGGAACCUAAGGAUUCUCAUGCAAUCGGAAGUUUGAUGACAUGCAGCUACGACUUCUGGUUCUCCCGAUUCUCGCGCAAACUAUUCCUUUGGGCUUCGGGAAAACCAUCUCCGACUCCCGGCCCACACAUUUGAACGGAGUCCCCCUCGAGCGCGAUGGAGAUCUCAAUGAAGAUUUUCACAAAGAGAUCCUCAUGGGACCGUCGAAUUCGUCACACGGGAAUUCGACGGAAGAGCUCCUGCAAUGGAUGUUUUCCAACGCCGACGUGAACCACAACCAGUUUUUAGAGCUGACAGAGCUUCAAACAUGGAUAAACUCGAAGGUGAAAGAGCAUGUCAUGCAAGCUGCCAAAGACAAUCUUCAUACUUUUUUGAGGAUCGAUAAGAACCAUAAUGGCCGACUAGCCUGGACGGAAUUCGGUGAAGACUACUUAAUCAAACAAGGCUACUCGAAAGAGGAUGCCGAGCGGAGCAUCAGGAACCUCAAGAGUUUGCCUCGUCGCUUGAAAGAACAAAUCAUGCUGGACCGAGCGGCCUGGUUCGAGGCAGCGACCGAUCCCGGCGGUUUGAAUAUUGACGAGUUUCUAACUUUCCGACAUCCCGAGCACUCCCAUGUAUCGCUUUUGAACAUGGUUACUCAGAUCAUAUCCGAUCUUGACACUGACGCCGACGGAGUUCUGAGCGAAGACGAGUUCGUGGCGGUUGACUCUACUGAGAAAGUUUCCGCCAAGAAAAUCUCGGAGAAGAGACAGGAAUUCAGAUCAGCAAUCGACACAGAUAAGGAUGGGAAGGUCACGCUACAAGAACUAAUUUUCUACAACGAUCCAUCGAAUCCCCUUCAUGCCUUGCGUGAGGCGAGAGAGCUGAUAGGGACCGCAGAUGUCGACAAGGAUGGGAAGUUGUCGCUCGAAGAAGUUCUCCAAAAAGCGAAGCUCUUUCUGGGGAGUACAGCGGUGGACACCGCGAAAAAUAUCCACGAGGAGUUCUGAUCGCGAGUUCGAUACGAGCAUUGAACUGCGAAGGCGACCUCCAGCUCGGUGAC